AUGUCAGUGGAAGUUAUCGGAGACACCAGUGCAGCCGCGAAGGCUCUUAAAAAGGUGCACGUGCGCGUACCGGCCACCACUGCUAACCUCGGACCGGCCUAUGAUACCCUGGGUAUGGCAAUUUCCAUAUUUAUGGACCUUUUCGUCGAGGUGGCCGACGCGUUCUCGUUCACAAUGGAAGGGGAAGGCGAAGAACAUAUCAGUCGAGGUCUCGACAAUAUGCUUGUCAAGGCGUGUGAGCUCGCCUUCACGGAGUACGGCAAGCGCCCGAUGCCACCCCUCAAGUUUCAUGUGGUGAAUCGUAUCCCGUACUGCUGUGGAUGUGGAUCGUCGUCGGCAGCCGCGGUUGCUGGCUUCGUGUCUGGAUUGCAUCUUUGCGGUAUUUCUAUGGCCACUUACAAACAAGAGGAGUUGCUAUCCGUGAUCACACGUAUAGAAGGACAUCCUGACAACGCCGCCCCUGCCAUCUACGGUGGCCUUCGUCUUAGCUUCACGGAUAUCAAUAAGCAAGUAGGCUCUCAUAGCGUGCCGGUGCCUCCAAAUAUUUCUCUCGUUCUCUUUAUCCCCAACAAGCUCAUGAAGGCCAACACACACACCGCUCGUGGUCUGAUCCCCACACAGGUACCCCUGGAGGAUGCAGUUCACAACGUUUCCAGAGCCUCCUUACUGAUCCUAGCGCUUACUUCAGGGCGGUUGCGCAUACUGAAGGACUGCUCGGAUCGUUUACACGAGCGUCAGCGUGCUGAUAAGCUCUACCCUCACUACUUCCCAUGCGUUAAGGCCUCCCAAGCGGCAGGCGCCGAAUACACCUUUCUCUCCGGGGCUGGUCCUACCGUAUGCGCGAUGGUGAGUGGAAGACGUGGCGAUAUUCUCAUGCAGCCUCCAGAAGAGCGGCGGGCCGAAGAUGUGGCGGAGGCUAUGGUGAAAGCGGCUGCUGACUCUGGGGUUCCGGGGCGUGCGAUUAUCACACGCGUUUCAGACGUCGGUGCCCAUUUUGUGGGUUUGAAGGAGCUAAAAGAAAAUAUACAGUGCAUAAAUGGUUGAAACUCAAUUUCUCUCCUUUUAUUGAGGAAUCUCAUACCUAAUCCAAUGAAUUCUUUUACUCGUAAGUAGUUAUUUUGCUUUCUUAAAAGAAGCGGGAAUAUGUUGUAUUAAGUAGGUCAGCCUGCUUCUUAAAGAAAUUUUGCUUAGAAACAUCUAUUUUUUUUACACAUAUUUUUGCAGAUAAUCGUAAAUGCUACAGUAUAUAAUCAUAUAAUUCUUUGAGAAUAUCUUCAGUUCUAAAUAUGAUAAUCUUUUGUUGAAAGGUGAAGGU